AAGCAGUGCCGAAGGUAGCAGAGAGAACGGAGCUGCGAGCCCAGACAGUAGCGCGUGUUCCGAGCUCUCCGCCACCACCUGCCCGCAGUAGCAGCAGAGCCAGAUCGCCAGCGCUAUGGCCGGUUGGAACGCCUACAUCGACAACCUCAUGGCGGACGGGACCUGUCAGGAUGCGGCCAUAGUCGGCUAUAAGGACUCGCCCUCGGUCUGGGCCGCUGUACCAGGGAAAACCUUCGCCAAUAUCACGCCUGCUGAAGUAGCUGUAUUGGUUGGCAAAGACCGUUCAAGUUUCUUCGUAAAUGGGCUGACACUUGGGGGCCAGAAAUGUUCUGUGAUCAGGGAUUCGCUACUGGUAGAUGGAGAAUACACCAUGGACCUUCGUACAAAGAGCACUGGGGGUGCUCCCACCUUCAACCUUACUGUUACCAUGACUGCCAAGACGCUAGUCCUGCUGAUGGGGAAAGAAGGUAUCCACGGAGGAAUGAUCAACAAGAAGUGUUAUGAAAUGGCUACCCAUCUUCGACGUUCUCAAUACUGACCCUCCCCACCCUCCCCUUCCCAAGGCUUCUGCACCAUUUCCCUCACCAUUGUUUUUUGGGCCAUUUCCCCACCCACUUGUUGCUGCCAAAACUAUACCUGGGGGGGGCCAGGUUGGACAGACAGGCGCCCCUUCCCCCUCUCUUUUGAACCUCCUUCCUGUGUGUAGUAGGGAAGACUUUUUUUUUUUUUUUUUUUUUGGAAAAAUUGUUUUUUUUUUUUUUCUGGAAACUUAUAUUGGAAUAUGAAUAAAAGAUUCUACUAAUAAA